AUGGUGGUACUCACAGAAAUGAGUAUUACUGAUUGCCAAAUGAUAGAAGAAAUCAUAGCUCGUGGAAGUGAUGCUUUGAUGGAUGGCAUCGUGUGCUCCCAACUGAAGACUUUGGAACUUGGUUGUCUUCCGAGCCUAUCAAGCUUCUGCUCAGGGAAUUAUGCUUUUGGAUUCCCUUCCUUGGAAGAGUUAAUAAUGAGACAGUGUCCAAAGAUGGAAAUUUUCACUACGGGAGGGUUGAGCACACCAAUGCUGCAGGGAAUACAAUCAGCUGAAGGUGAAUAUCUCGGGCAUUGGGAAGGCAACCUCAAUGCCAUUGUUCAACAGUUGUUUACAGAGAAGGUUUUUCCAAGCUUGGAGGAUUUGGAACGGUCCUCAAUCAACAUUCAGAGAAUCCGGCAUAAAAAAUUUCUGGCAAGAGCUGCUUCUUGUGCUCAAUAUUUAACUUGCUUGACCAUCGAGGGGUGUCACAAUUUAAACUGUCUAUUUUCGUCCUCAAUGAUGGAAAGUUUUGUGCAACUCAAGAUUCUUAACAUUGAGAAUUGUGAGAAUAUAGAAAAAGUAAUCUUGAUAGAGGAAUUAGCCAAAGAACUGAUGAGCCAAAAGUUGUUCCGUAAACUAGAAUUCCUAUUGCUCAAAUACCUUCCCAAACUGACGAGAUUCUGCCACGGAAGUUACCUUGAAUUCCCCUUGUUGAGAAUUGUUAGGAUAGAGAGUUGUCUUACAUUAGAUACGUUCGUCUCUGAUGCAGAAGGAAACAACUCAGAGAUUGCCUGUCCAACUCUUUUCAAUGAAAAGAGGAGAUUUACCUGCUCCAAGUUUGCUGAAAGUGCAAUUGCUGAAGAUAAAGAGCGUUGGGAUGGCAAUCUAAAACACCACCAUGGAACAAAUUUUCAGAGCAAUGUGUUUGCUUUCACUUUUAUCAUGAUGUUAUGUUUACAGAAUGUCCAGAAUUCUAUAGCAGAGGGAGUUAGCGUGGUGCUUCUUUGUUUCAGGAUUAAUGGAGCACUCCUCUGCUCUACCACCAACCUUGUCAAAGCUGCCAUAUUCCUAUCUCACUACCCACCAAUGUACCUUAACAGUAGUUUGGAUGUUGAUCUUCUAAAAGAUCUCUUUUACGACUAUUGCUCUACAUAUAUACUAAAUGUUCCGUGCCAUUUUCUUUGUUUUUCAGUUUAUUAUGGCGUAGAUGAUUCUUUUGGCAGUUUAGCUCCUCAUAUUGUACAGUUGCUGUUGCGUUCAUAUAACGCCCAGAUACCACUUAUGGUGUUCAUGGCUAUAGUUUCUCUCUUAUUGGCAAGUUUCUUUGGGUAUCACGCUAAUCGUUGUCUCACAAAGACCGCAAUGAAUGAGACCUUCAAGUGGCAAGACUACUUAAGCUGGCAGAAGAAAUGGAGUGAAGCAAGAGCAAGUGUUGCAGCAUUGAAAGCAAGCAUCACCAGGAUGAGUAGUGAUGGAAAGCCUUCGGAGACCAAAUGUAAAUCCUUCUUCAGAAGGUCCCCUCUAGAGGAUACCGAAGGUGUUGUAAAGAAUAAUGUGUAUGACAACGGAUUCUUUCACAAUUUCUUUGAGGUCGUUUGUCCGGUUUCGACAAGAGCAUCAUUUUUGCAGACCAAAACAAAAUUUGGCUAAGAUUGCCAACUGUUAAUAGCUAUUCAUUCACUCGGCUACCACCUCCGGUCAUCAUGUUGUCAGCCAGAAAUUCAAGAUGGAUGAUCAGGUUUAAAUCUCCAGAGUUGCAUAUGGAGCAAAGUCCACUGUACAGCUUCUUCACUGGCUGUAGAGUUGUUGUUCAAGUAAAAGCAUUAACGAUACAUCUUAUUUUAAUUGUAAGAACAGCAUUUAGAUUCCCCAUUGCCAUUACCUCUGCCAGUCUUGAUCGAGUUUCAUUAUGAUGGUGCAAGAAUUAAAUAGUAUUCACUGCAGCCCAUCUAAUUUGAUCACCUGCUUGACUUUCUGUGUAACCCAACCAUCUAAGUACUUUAUC